AUGUUUAGCGAGAAACCUUUAUCAUCAAUUCCUUCUUCUAUCCCACCGGAAAUAUCCAUUCCAAAUUCUCCAACGUCAUCAACAUCUGCAUCACCAUUCUCAUCAGCUGCUCAUUCACGUACAUCUACAAUAACAUCAAACAGUUAUAUACGACAUGGUGUAUUAUCAUCACAUCAAUCCAAUCGACAAAUGAAAAUAGGAAAAUAUUUUCUUGAAAGAACAAUUGGUAAAGGCAGCUUUGCUGUUGUUAAAUUGGCGACACAUUGUGAUACACAUCAAAAGGUAGCCAUUAAAAUAAUAGAUAAAUCACGUUUAAAUCCAACUGAUCAUAAAAAACUUGAACGUGAAAUAGCUGUUAUGAAAUCAUUAAUACAUCCAUUUAUUAUCCGUCUUUAUGAAGUAAUGGAAUCAAAAAAUCUUAUUUAUUUAGUAACAGAAUAUGCAGCUAAUGGUGAACUGUUAGAUUUAUUAAUUCGUGAGAAACGUUUAAGUGAAGCUAAAGCUAAAGAAAAAUUUCGACAACUUGUACUAGCUGUUGAAUAUAUACAUUCGAAGAAUAUUGUACAUCGUGAUUUAAAAACAGAAAAUUUAUUAUUAGAUGAUCGUGGAAAUAUCAAGGUUGCGGAUUUUGGUUUUGCUAAUACAUUCAAACCUAAUACAAAAUUACAGACAUUUUGUGGUUCACCACCUUAUGCAGCUCCCGAACUUUUUCAAUGUCUUCCAUAUUCACCGGAAAAAGUUGAUGUUUGGUCUCUUGGUGUUCUACUUUAUGUAUUUGUAUGUGGUCAUUUACCUUUCGAUAGUAAUAAUCUCACUGAAUUACGAAAACGUGUUCUUACCGGACAAAUCCGUUUACCAUUUUAUAUUAGUGCAGAUUGUAGUUCGUUAAUUAGUCAUAUGUUAACAGUUGAUCCUGAACAACGUUAUACAAUAAAUGAUAUUAAAAAUCAUUCAUGGUUAAUGUUAAAUAAUUUAAAUAUAUCCGAUAUAACAUCUCAAAUACAAACAAUGCCAAAUAGUCAAUUAACAAAUGCUAUACUUGAUCAUGCUGAAUUACUUGGUUAUAAUCGUACACAAAUAUUAAAAUCAGUUAAUGGAAAUUCUUAUGAUAGUGAUGCAGCUAUAUGGCAUUUAUUAUUAGAAAAAUUUCAACAAACAUGUCAAAUAAAUAAUUCUCAUAUUCCAAAUAAUGAAACAAAUCAUGAAGAAUUAGAUGAACAUCAUACAGAUUUAGUUUAUUGUCCUGUGAAUAAUGUUGAAUCUCUACAUACAUGUGAUCUAGACAUUCAUAUUGAUGAUAUAGAUAAUUAUACUGAUGAAGAAGAUGAUGAUGAAGAAACAACAAGAAAAUUACAUGAAGAAUAUGCUCAAACACAUGGUUUACGACGACAUACGAUUGUUCGACCACAUUUAUUUGUACAUAAUGAAAUUAAUCCAGCACUUACAUCAAACGUUCGAUAUUCUUAUCAAGCACCAAGUAUUGAACCAUCAUUAUUAACUAAUCGACUUAAUCAUCUUCAACAACAACAAAAAUAUAAUACAUUGAUAACACACGAUGAUGAUACUGAUGAAUGUUAUUCUGAACCACAAACAUCAAUUUAUCAUCAACGAAAUCCACAUUCAACAAGUUAUAAUGGAUUAUCUGUACAAUCAACAGUAGCAGCUGUUUCAGAUAAUUAUUAUCAACAACAAAAAAAUAAUCAUUGGUUAUCACCACCAAUUUUAAAUAAUUUUCAUUUAAAUCGACGAGCAAGUGAUAGUGGUGCUCAUCUACUUCUAUUUCAACAACAACAACAUAAUGUAACGGGUUCAAAUACAAUUCAACCUGUUCAAUUUACACACAUUAAAUCUCCUGUAUCAAAUCGAUCAUCACGAGGUAGUAUUACACGUGGUGCACCAAUAACACCGCCAAUAUUUUCUAUGACACCGCAUGACACUAAUGAAAAUGAUGAUGACGAAGAUGUUGAAAUACUUACACGAUAUCUCAAUCGUGGUAAACGUCAUACUGUAUGUGAACAAGGUUUAUUACUUGGUGGCAAAGCACGUCGCAAUGCACGUGAAACAGCUAAAGAUCGUAGCUCAUUAUCACGUCGUGCUAGUGAUACUAGUUCAAAUUUUAUAAAUAGUUCAACAAAAGCACACCUUGAAGGUUUAUAUCAUAAUGCUGUUGAUUCAAAAUUGUAUCAUGAUGAUGAUGUAACAACAUCAAGUUUACAAGAAUUACAUCAACUUCAAAAACAAAUACAAAAGUAUUCGAUUAAUAAUAAUAAUGAAUCACCAAUAAUAAUUCGACGAGGAUCUGCUGUUCCAUCUCCAACAAAUUCAACUGUACUUCAUAUUAUUCGAGAAGAACAUCAACAAAAUCUUUUUAUACCACCGAGUAUACAAACUAAAUCUUCGUCAUCAUCAUCAUCAUCAGAAGGAUUACAUAGUUUUGAUAAAGAUGAAUUUGAAAUGGAUUAUGAUGUUAAUAAUCAUCAUUUACAACCACAACUAAAAUCACAACAACAUUUCAUUCGUCCACCUUAUCCAUCUUAUCGAACACAUUAUCAUCAUCGAACACCAGCACCAUAUUAUUGUAAUACAAAUCCUUUACUUGCUCAACACUUAGCUAUUCCGACGACAACUUCUUAUACACCAUAA